AUGUCAGCCGCAAUUACGUCUCUUACGCCCACGCAAGUCAGCGACGAGCUGAAUAAAAUGCAAGCUUUCAUCAGAAAGGAGGCGGAAGAGAAAUCGAAAGAAAUUAAGCUCAAGGCCGAUCAGGAGUACGAAAUAGAGAAAACGGGGCUUGUGCGAAACGAGGUGAGCAACAUCGACGCUGCGUUCGAGGAUAAGCUCAAGAAGGCGACCCUCAAGCAGCAAGUUACCAAAUCGACGAUUGCCAACAAGAUGCGUCUCAAGGUCUUGGCCACGAGAGAACAGGUGCUAGACGACAUUUUUGAGUCUGCCAAGGGCGAACUCAAGAAUCUUUCGUCGGACAACAAGAAGUACAAGCCCGUGCUUCACAAGGUUAUCCUAGAGUCUAUGCUCAAGCUUCUUGAGCCCGCAGUCAUCGUCAGGGUGCGCGAACAGGACGUCAAAGCGGUCGAAUCCAUCAAGGACGCUGUGAUCAAGGAAUACAAGGAAAAAACCGGUCAAGACGUCGAAAUUGCUGUUUCUUCCGAGCACCUUGCCAAGGACACCGCGGGCGGCGCUAUUGUCAGUGACAAGUCCGGGAAAAUUGAGGUCGACAACACUCUCGAGGAGAGACUCAAGCUUCUCAACGAGGAGGCUCUGCCUGCCAUCAGACUAGAGCUUUUUGGCGUCACUGAGUCCCGAAAGUUUUUCGACUAA